ACAAGAUGCAGAGAAGAAGCUGGAAGGAAAAAGCUCUGAGCUGCCACAAACAACCCACAAGAAUUGCAUUUAUAUUAAUAAAAAAAAAAAAGAAAAAAAGGAAAAAAAAAUGUGGGUGUUGAUGAGUAAGACAGCAUUAUUAUUUUCUUUUUGAUUGUGGCCAAAAUGCCAAUGUUUUCUUAUUUCUGCUCAUUAAAAAUCCAUUAGUUGCUUGAAUAACACCUCAACUUUCCAUGCUCUCUCUGUCUUCUUACACAAAAACGAAAUCCCACGCGCCGACACACACUCUCUCUCUCUUUCUCUCUCUCCCCAUUUCGCACCAACACAUCUCCUCGAUAGGAAAACCGGCUUCUCGCUUCAUUCCCUGCUUGUCGUUUUUUGUUGUAUCAACAAAUAAAACCAAAAUACUCUCUUUCUCUCAAAUGGGUUGCUUAGGCGUGGGUUACCAGCCAAAUCUGGAGUGACCCAUGUUAUGUUUAUCUGCCCAUUUGAGCAAGAUAUCUUCACCAUAGCCCAUUUCGUUUUGGUCUCUGUGUGUUCUUUAAUACUCCUCUAAUAGCAAGUUUCUCUAUACUCGUUUUCUCUGUGCACCAUUUCUUUUCCUCUUUUAAUCUGGCCUCGCCCAGUUGGGCACUGACACUGGAGGUGGCUUAAAACCAGGCCUUUUGUUCAUUGCUCAUCAUCAUGGAGGGAGAAACAUCAUGGAUCAAUGAUUGCUUUGAUGAUGUGGCAAGAGACAUUGGUGAGUUUGAGUCAUUCUCAGAGCUCAGUGAUGAAGCCAAUAAAGAAAUUAAUGCAGUUUCUGUUGAUUUAAUCUUGCCUGAUGAUCUGUUGGAACGGAUUAUAGCGUAUCUUCCCAUUGCUAGCAUCUUUAGAGCAGGUUCUGUGUGUAAAAGAUGGCGUGAGAUUGUUAGUUCAAGGAGGUUUUUAUGGAAUUUCUCGCAUGUCCUUUCACAAAAACCUUGGUAUUUUAUGUUUACAAGCUCUGAUGAACCUGUUGGCCAUGCCUAUGAUCCAAUCCUCAGAAAGUGGUAUGGCAUCGAUCUCCCCUGCAUUGGGACAUCCAGUUGGUUUGUUACUUCAUCUCAUGGUUUAGUUUGCUUCAUGGAUAACGACAGCCAAAGUGAAUUAUAUGUUUGCAACCCUGUCACCAAAUGCUGCAAGCAGCUUGUGGAGCCUCCAGGUUUAAAAAUUGCUGAUUACAGUGCACUUGCAAUAUCAGUGAACAGUAUGUCACAUGGAUAUACUGUCUCAAUUGUGAAGUCUAAGCAAGUCCCAGGAAAUUUUUUUCAAUGGGAUCUUUCUAUUUAUACUUAUGAUUCCGAAACAAGGAUGUGGGUCGCCUCUUGGACAGAGGUUUUGACAGGGUGGAGAAGCGGCGACGAGAGCGUGAUCUGUGAUGGGGUUUUGUAUAUUUUGAUUUACUCAACUGGGGGUGGCACACCAGAGAAUCGCCAUGGUCUAAUUACAUAUAAUCUCUCCAGCAGAUCUUCCCAUGGCUUAUUGAUAAGGAGUUUCAUUCCAGUACCUUGCCCUCUAACUUGUGGACGGCUGAUGAAUUUGAAGGAGAAGCUAGUGAUGGUGGGAGGAAUUGGUAAACAAGACCGGCCUGACAUAAUUAAGGGGAUUGGGAUUUGGGUCCUAAAUGGUAAGGAAUGGCAAGAGAUUGCUCGCAUGCCUCACAAGUUUUUCCAAGGAUUUGGGGAGUUUGAUGAUGUUUUUGCUAGCAGUGGCACAAAUAAUCUUAUAUAUGUCCAGAGCUAUGGGGCUCCAGCUCUGCUUGUUUUUGACAUGAACCAGAAACAAUGGAAGUGGUCACUGAAGUGCCCAGUGACAAAGAGGUUCCCGCUUCAGCUUUUUACUGGUUUUUGCUUUGAACCUAGGCUUGAGAUUGAGCCAUAAUUUGUUUCUUCUUGAAUUUAAUGUCGUGGUGAUGAUGACAAAUUUGUCUGGUAGUCCCAUAUUUUCCUUUUUGUUUGUUUUGGCCCUUAUUUUCAAUCAUUAUGAAAUCUGUUCUGGAAAAGUUUACACAAAAUGUAAUGGCAGAAAGAGCUGCUUAUUCUGAAAAAGGGAAUACUAUUCUUUGCAUUGGGAAAUACCUAAUUUAUAAAUACAACUUUGUCACUGUUUUCUGUUCA